CACUUCCUUGGUUACGCACAGCAUUGGCGCCUUACUGCUUGUUUUGGCUAUCUGCUCUUCGGCCUUCUCCUUGCUGGCCUUGCCUGCCUUAAUGUUUCCGCUGCAUUUCUGCUCGCUUUGCCCACGGUUCCUGGACUCCUGCUUUUGCAUCAGGGGGCCGGACAAUGCAUGUAAACUCUUAUUCAUUUAUAAAAGAAACUUAUCAUACAAUUAUGCAUAUGUUAUCAUUUAG